AUGUCUACUCAAUCAUCGAAAUUGACAUUCGCCCAGAAGAUGAUGGCCAAGAUGGGCCACACUGAGGGCCAGGGCCUCGGCAAGAACGGUAGCGGUAUAACGCAACCCAUCCAGGAUUCUGGCAAGUUCGGUCGUGGAGGUCUCGGUUUCGACCAGGAAGAGAUAUACCCACGCGCUCGAGCAAUAAAUUCUCACGAGCGCCCAGACUUCGACAUUGAGAGCACUAUUGUCCAAAUUGCCCUUCUACCACACAAUUGCGAGCCCGCAUAUGUCAUGACUCUCUUCAAAGCCGAAACUGCUCAGAACAUCGAAGAGCUCUACACACCGGAGUACAACUUGAGUGGAGUGGCUUGGGUGAAGUUUAAGUCAGAGGCAGAUGCUGCAGACGCGGUGGUUAACUAUGACUCGGUACACUUCGGGCCAAACGGACAAAAGAUCAGCAUUUCCUUGAUAUCCGAAGACGCUGCCCCAUUUCACAAUCCGGAGUCAGAUAUUGACCUCUUACGCCACUCUGACACUAUCCGUCACGAUAGCUCAGUAGUCACAACUACCACUGUUUUCGUCACGCAUUUACCGUCGAGCGGUCCAAUCAGCAACAUCUACCAGAUGGUGGAGAAGAUUGGCUGGGAUGAGGGUUAUGGUUAUGGUGAAGAGGAAGGGGAGGUCCAUGGCAUCAAGGCUUGCAAAAUCGUCGAUGACGGCGUCCUCGUUCAGUUCGAGUGUAUCAGCGACGCAUAUCAGUUCCACGGCUGGUAUAACGGCGAGUACUGGAAGAACGACACGCUACAUGUCGACUUCCGCCUCGAUUCAGAAAUGGACGAGCUCAUGGAGGACGAGCGUGAGCGCAAAGCAGCAGCAAAAGAAAAUACAAAGCUGUUCGUUGGCAGCGUGCGUGGUUUGACCGCGGAUGAUAUCAACCAGGCAUUUCAUCCAAUCAUUCUCGACGAUGUGCAAGUCAACACCGGUGGCUUUGCUUUCAUCUUCCUCUCGAUGACGGAUGCAAUUGCCAUUCUUGACAAGUUUCCCAACGGCCUUAAGUUACGAAAUGGUCGGAAGAUUUACCCGAACCCACCGAAGGACAAGAAGGGCGCCGCGUCUCUUGCCGCAGCUCGAGUCAAGAUAGCCGCUGAAGCCGCUGCCAAAUCAUCAACAGAUACAAAUAUGGCCCAUUUGGUGUCCAAUGCAGCUUCCUUGUCAAUUGGACCCAAGCCCGUCCGCGUGAAGCUGAACAAUCUUGCCUUUUCGGCGACUGAGCAGGACGUCCGCUCGCUUUUCAACGGCUUCUCGCUUUCAGAUCCGGGGGUAUCUAUAAAGAAGGGCUAUGGAUUUGUUUGGGUCGCUUCGAAUGCUGAGGCUCAACGAGCGGUCGCAACAUUGAACAAGCGAACUAUCCGCGGCAAGGCCGUGACUGUCAAGAUUGCGGGUGAGCAAUAG